AUGUCGCAGUCACCCGGGCGCGUUAGCGCGCCCGUUAAGCUACCUUAUGCGCCACGCUCGACACCUCGCAGCCAUAGUGACGAUGCCCUGCCCCCGUAUCUGAGGCGCCACAUCCAGCUAGGCUUCACACAAGACGAUGUCGCCGCCCUCAUCUCCUCGAUCGACUCGAGCCAAGCGCCGCCCUGCUCUUCCAAUGGCAACCCAACGCUAGCGCACCUCCCCGCAGAACUGCUACUCCAGAUUCUCGAACACGUUCCUGUCGAUCAUAUCCUCGAUUGGCGGCUAGUGUGUCGUGGGUUUCGCGAUGCGCUCGACGGCCGUGUUCUGUACCACUGUCUGCAGAGGACGCAGCUGGUGGGAUAUACGGGGCCAAGACACGGCCCGUUCAUGGAAGAUCUGGAUGAGGAGGAACACGAAGCUGUGCAUUUGCUUGAAGCGGGGUUUUUAAGAAUUGAAGAGGACACAAAGUGUCUGGAAGACAAGAGACCCAUUUGGAGCAAUAAACAUGCCGUCUUCAAGAUUAAAGAGGAAUGGUAUCGCGCUUUCAGAACCAUGUGUGGCCUAGAGACAAGGCCGGGAGACACGAUCAACGACGUCGAGCCACGGUGGUAUGGCGUGCUUGGCCGACUGGCAUUGCUACGGGAAGAAGAACAAUUCGGUCAACUGCGCUGGUGUAUCCGACUGGAUCACGCUGUCCUAGACCUCGACUUCCCUCUCGACAAAGACCGCUUACAUUUCGACUUCAAUGUGGACCUACGGACGGGCCUUGUUCGAGUAGCAUGGAAAGACAUGCUCGUCCGGUUCCUCAAGACAGAACGAGCACUACGGAAACGUGACUCCCCCUUCACAUUUUCCCACCACGAAGACUGCCUCCGCGCCAUCCGUCGCGCACGUCUCCUCGCCUCCCUAACCUCCGCCCAAGAAGACAACACCAUCCGCUGGGCCUUCCGCUUCCUCACGCCUCUCUUCAACACCCCAGCCGACCGCCACACAUCCCGCCUCUCCCAAAUCGAAGAAGACGCAAUCCGCACGCUCCUCCUCCUCCGCCGCACAGCCUCCCUAUCCCCCUCCCAACUCACCUACCUCCAAUCCUUGCACGCCACCUACCAAUCUCUCGAAUCUGAACUCCGCUCCCUCGACGCCACCUACACCGAGUUCAAAUCAUACAUGUCCAUGCCUGGCUUCCAGACUACUAUGCUCCUGCCGUCCAUGAUUAGCAAUGCCAAAAACGUGCCUGGGAAUCCUGUUGCUUGGUCUGAUGAGCUGAGAGUGCGGAUCGAGUGUCAAGUUGCGAGAUGGAAGCAACAGAGCGAGGUUAUGGAAAAGGUUCGGGCUUUGUUGGAGACGAGUUGCGAGGCCAUGGCUGCGCCCGAGGACGGGUUUGAUGAGUUGGGCAGUGACUUUUGA